AUGGCCACCAAUGACAUUCAAGCGUACCUUUUCCCCACGCCCAACGCCAAGAAAGUUACAAUAGCCCUCGAGGAACUUAACAUUCCCUACGACGGUCACUUUGUUAACCUUAGAAAAAAAGAACAAUUCGCUCCCGAGUUCUUAAAGAUCUCACCAAACAACAAAAUUCCUGCGGUGUUAGAUUUACAUCCGCCAAAGGAGAUCGGAGAAGGGAGUUUGAGCGUUUUUGAAAGCGCCGCCAUCCUCCAAUACUUGGCGGAACACAGAGCGGGACCCGGAGCACCAGAGUUAUACCCCAAGGAUCCUAGAAAGAGGGUCAAGGUUAACGAGUGGUUGGCAUGGCAAAUUUCCGGCCUCGCUCCUACGAUGGGUCAAGCGUACAAAUUUAAAGAUAUCGGAGGAGAACCAUAUACUAAGUAUGCAGAAGAAACCAAGCGUCUGUUUCAGGUGUUAGAUAAACGCCUUGGCGAGUAUCCUUACAUCGCCGGCGAGAAGUAUUCAAUUGCCGACAUCGCAUCCUACCCAUGGGCUGUGUUAUAUCCUGAAGCCACAAAGGACGACACGCCUUACCCGAACGUUAAAGCUUGGUUAGAACGUGUGGGAUCCCGGCCGGCGGUAAAGCGUGGCAUUGAACGCUUGGAUGCACUCCAGACCAUGGCGGCGGAUCACAUCGUCAAAGUCCUCCGGCACCUUUUUUGCGCUCGCAAUCAUACAGAUGAUAUGUCUGAUCCUGUUACAGGCGAAAAUCACCGGUAG